ACACACACACACACACACACACACACAUACACGCGCGCGCGCUCGCUCUUGCAGACUCUCUCUCUCUCUCUCUCACACACACCCUCGCAGUCGCGCUGAGAUCAUGGAGCGGCUGGCAGCGCGUGCAGGAGCAGCAGCAGCAGCAGUGUGUGUGUGGUAGCCGGGGAAAGGAGUGUGUGAUGAGCCAUGGAGAGCAGCAGCAUGUUCCUGGGUAAUGUGUGUCAGAGUGGUUUACUCCCUCUGGUUCGGGCUCCUCUCCCAGUGCAGUCGUCUCUGCGCCUCAAGCAGUUCCUCCCCUUUACGCUGGACACCAGCGCACUCAACCUGGUGCCUGGAUUCAGCACUAUGGACUCGGUUCAGAAAGCUGUGCUACAUCACACAAUUGGCAUCGCCGCUUCCGCUAAAAAGAAACAUGCUUCCUGCAACGUCUGCCAACUGCGAUUUAAUUCACAGAGCCAAGCGCUGGCCCACUACAAAGGCACUAAGCAUGCCAAGAAGCUCAAAUCCCUCGAUGCCCCCAAGUGCAAGCAGAAAAGCUUGGCGGUGACCAGGGAGAAUGGCAACAAGGAACCCUGCAAAAGCCUCUCGCCCCCUGUGCCACUGCAGAACGGCACUGAUGGGAAAGAGUGCAGUCCUGUGCUCCCGGCCCCGGUGCCCCCGCCCUCAGUCCAGUCUGGCUCCAGCACUGGUCCAGCCAUGGAGACCCAGUCUACCUCAGCAGCGUCUGCAGCAUCGGCGGGGGACGAGGGUCCCUGCUUAACACCUGGAGCCCCCCAGCCCACGGAGCAGGAGGCGGAGUCAGAGUCGGAGGGGGAGAGGGCGGAGCCUGCGGAGACGGAGGCGGAGAAAGCCCUGAGGCUCCUCUACUGCUCCCUCUGCAAGGUGGCCGUCAACUCGCCGUCACAACUGGAGGCGCAUAACAGUGGCACCAAACACAAGACCAUGCUGGAGGCUCGCAAUGGCAACGGCUCCAUCAAGUCCUUCCCCAGGGCAGGGGUGAAGAGCAAGCUGCCGACGCCCACCGGCUCCACCACCGGCCUCCAGAACAGGACGUUCCACUGUGAGACGUGCGACGUUCACGUCAACUCCGAGACGCAGCUCAAACAGCAUAUCAGCAGCCGGCGCCACAAAGACAGAGCAGCAGGAAAACCUGCCAAACCCAAGUACAGCCCCUACACCAAGACCCAAAGAGGACCGACCAAACCACAAACGCAGGUAAAGCUGCCCCUGGGUAAGGAACUGUGCCAGCCACUGACGGCUACGAUAGUGCCCUCCCACCUGGCAGCCGUCGCCGCGGCAGCCGCCGCGGUAAGCCCCGCCUUCACUCUGCGUGCCGGCCAAAGCGCCUCCAUCUUUCAGACUCAGUCCCUCCCCGCAGCCCUCCUCCGCCCCGCCCCCGGGCCUAUUCGGACCGCCCACGCUCCGGUACUGUUCGCUCCCUACUGACCUCUGACCUGUGACCUCUGAUACAGUACGUCUGAUGCACCGUCUCAGCCUCCGCGGUAACGUGGUCCAGUCGUAACGUGGAUCAUUGCCUUUCUGUCCAUCCCGACCACUCGAGCGUCACACCGGGGUCGCACCAGAGACCGAACACCAGAGACGUGCGACGCUAUACCGCAAUAAUUAUAAGAGACAAACCAGGUAACUAUGCAGCAUUGUCAUCGCCAUGUGACACACUGACUCUAUAAAUGUAUUUAGGGAUAUAUUAUAUUGUUUUUUCUGUCGUUUUUUGGUUUUUGGUUUGGGUAUCGUGUCUCGUUUCUCGUUGCUUCUGAGAAAAAGAUUUUUAUUUUUUCGUCUGUACGUAAAGAGAAAGAGGCUGAAAGUUGGUUCUACUGCUCUGCUGUUUGCACUUUAAAGCCUCCUUCUCCUUCUGUGGAUGUCUUCAGUGCUUUAGGUGGCUAGAACGCAUCUCAUUCCUCCCUGUAUGUGUGUACGGUCUUAUAGGUUUUAUAUGUGUGUGUGUGUGUGUGUGUGUAUGAGUGUGUGUUGAAGUGGUGUGAAUGGGAAAUGGGAAAAUAAGAAAGUAAGGCAAGUGGCUUUUCCUCCAAAGUGAAAUACUGCUGAUUUAUUUCCAAGAAAAAAGGACAGAAGUACAGCGGGCACGUGCUACGCAAAUUAAUACCAAUGUGAAAAAAAAGUGACGCAUAUACUUGAUUCAAGUGCAACAAACAAACAAGCAGGUGGCUGAGAAAUACAAGGAAAUUCAUAAAAAAAGCAGCCCAAUGUCAAGGUGCAGGAUGUCAGUUUGACGUUAGAAAUGUUACAUUAGAUGUUAGACCACAAUGUAAUGUUUCCCCAAGAAAUUCAAAUAAAACACCAUAAAGUCACCAUAAAGAAAUACAGCAGAGAUGUCAGAUUGACGCUAGAAAGUCAAACAUUGGAUAAAUGUUGAAUUUUGAUUGUUCACACAACUGUCUAAAAACAGCAUUGGGUUGACAUCAGCAUUGUUCUGAGGACAUUAACAUUAUGACGUUUAGCAGAUGUUGAGUUGGUGGUGGAGAAUGCACAAUAUUUGAAAAAACAAUAUUGGGUUGGCAUCAACAUCCAACAUUAAACAAAAGUAGGUUUUUUCGAAUUAUUCACAUUGCAACAUUAAACUUGACGUUGUGUGGACAUUAACAUCAUGACGUUUAGCAAAUGUUAAGGUUGGUGGUGGAGAAUGCAUCCUUAAAAAACAUACAGUUUCCUUCAGAAAUUUGGGGAAGACAUGCAUAAAGUGUCUUAGUAACACAAGAGGCACAGGAUGGCGGUUUGACAUUAGACUGAUGUUAGACUCAAAUAUUGGAUAAAUGUUAAAUUUAGAUUGUUCACACAACUGUCAAAAAAACUAAAUUGGGUUAACAUCAACAGUCAUCAUCAAACAGAAGUAGAAUAUUUCUUUAUUUGUUUAUCAUUGAAAUAUUAAACUUGACGUUGUGUGGACGUGAACAUCAUGAAGUUUAGCAGAUGUUGAGUUAGUAGUGGAGAACGCAUCUUUCCAAAAAUCACUGUUUCACUGAGAAAUUCAGGGAAAACCUCCGUAAAGUGUCAGUUUGACGUUAGACUCAAACAUUGCAUAAAUGUCACAAAUGUCAAAAAACAAACAAAAAAACAACACUGGGUUGGCAUCAUCAUCCAACAUUAAACAGAAAUAGAAUUUUUCUUCACUCAUUUAUCAUUGCGACAUUAAACUUGACAUUAUAUGGACGUUAACAUCUUGAAGUUUAGCAGAUGUUGAGUCUGUUGUUAGAGAAUGCAUCCUUCCAAAACCAAUAGUUUUUUUCUGAGAAACUCAAUUAAAAUCCGUAAAAAUGUCUCAGUAAACCAGAAGGCGCAGGGUGUCCGUUUGACCUUAGAAAUGUUACAUUAGAUGUUAGACUACAACGUAAUGUUUCCCUAAGAAAUUCAAAGAAAACACCAUAAAGUCUCUUAGAAAUACAGCAAUGUGGUCAGAUGGACGUUAGAAAGAUGUUAGACUCAAACAUUGGAUAAAUGUUGAAUUUAGAUUGUUCACAAAACUGUCUAAAAACAACAUUGGGUUGGCCUCAAACAGAAAUAGAUUUUUUUUUGUUGGUUCUUUAACAUCAAGACUUUAAACUUAACGUCUGAGGACGUCAACAAGUUGAAGUUCAGCAGAUGUUGGGUUGGUGGUGGACCAUGCCUCCUUCCAAAACUUCCUAAGAAAUUCAGGGAAACCCCCAUAAAGUGUCUUAGUAACACAAGAGGCACAGGAUGUCAGAUUGGUGCUAGAAAGAUCAGACAAAAUUCAUAACAUCAGACAAAUGUUGAAUUUAGAUUUGUAACACAUCCUUCAAAAAACAAUAUCGUGUGGACAUGAACAUAUAACAUUUAACAGAAGCAGAAUUUCUUUUUAUUGUCUAACAUUGUGACUUUAAACUUGAUCUUCUGUGCAGUGUUAUCAAUAUGAGACUAGCAUGUGACAUUUGGAAGACAUUGGAUUUGUAUUAUUUAGCAUCACAAAUUAAAACCAACAAUGGUAGAAUUUCAUGCUGUGUGGAUGUUAAAAUUAUAAAAAAAUAAAAUAUUUGUGUACACUUUUAAAAUUAAUGCUACUUUAAGUUGCAACUAUUGCUGACACAACUGUGCAAAUGCACACACACACACAGCUUGUCUGGGCCCUGUAGAGAAGUCCUGCCAAUAGAAUAGAACCCCCUCAAACUGAUUAACAUAAAUGUAAUGGCACCAUAAAGCAUUAUUCAUCAUCCUCACCUCACUCAUGCUCUGUCGCUUAAUGCAAUCAAAUCCUCACAGUAAUGCUCACCCCAAAAUAUAAUUUUAAGUUUUCUCUGCACAGUACAGACAGCUACCCCAACAAAAGCAGGAUAAACUCUAAAUAAUGAUCUUGGUUUUGAAAGAAACAGAGAAACAGUGCAUUAGCCGGAAUCCCAAUGCUUUUGUCCGUAUAGUGAACAAAACUACAUACAGAAUUAUUGCCAAAUGUAAGCUAAACGAAAGCGAUGGAGUUUAUUUCUGUCAAAGUUAUGAUGUACAUUUUCUUUUUCUGAGUAUGUGUGUGUGUGUGUGUGUGUAUGUAUGUGUGUGUGUGUGUGUGUGUGUGUGUGUGUGUGUGUGUGUGUGUGUGUGUGUGUCAACCCCUCCCCCUGAGUCUACCCCUGCAGAACUCUACACAGGUCACCUGGAUGACGAAGCUUGUCUCUCUCAUCAAGCAAUGUGAAAAAAAUGAAAAGAUGAAAAAUGAAAAAGAUGAACAAUUUUAAAUAAAGUCUUACUUUGUUAAA